GCCAACUGCUGCUAUGACUGUCUGCAUAUGCUACCAGGGGGAAUGACUAAAGGCCUGAGCAUCUGUUCGUGUGUGUGUUCGUGUGUGUGUGUAGUAGUAGCUAGCUGUUAGUUGCUCCCAUGGUUGCUCCCCCUCUCGGUCGGUGCGGUCACGCACACACAGUGACGUCACUAUCACCGUCCUCCUCCUCCUCCUCCUCCUUUCUCAGCACCGAGCCUCCGGUCUGUUUACAGGGUCACUCCGCUAAACGGAGAAGCCAUUUCUUGCUGUAGUGGACAGUGGAUCUGCAGCCCUGUAUACUAAACAGGAGAACGAGCUUUUCAUCAUGAACUGCGAUAUAGAUGGAGACAUGGAGAACCAGGUGGAGAUGGAGGAGAAGACAAGGCUAAUAAAUCAAGUUUUGGAACUUCAGCACACACUGGAAGACCUGUCAGCGCGGGUUGACGCAGUCAAGGAGGAGAACCUGAAGCUAAAGUCUGAGAACCAGGUCCUCGGUCAGUACAUCGAGAACCUCAUGUCUGCCUCCAGCGUCUUCCAGACCACUGACACCAAGAGCAAACGGAAGUGAGGUACCCACCCCCCUCCUCAAAAAAAAGUCCCAGCCAAGCAGUUGGGCGAGGGAAUCCACCAUCGAGACAUGAAGAGAGAGAGAGAGAGGGGUUUGUUUUCUCAGCAGACCUGGCCGUUUUUUUUUUUCUUCUUCCUGUAACUGAGCUCACUUUCCUGAGUCAAAACUAACAAUUUAAAAAUCCAAAACAUGAACUGACUUUGUCCCGCUGUCCGUUAGUCUGGCUCAGGUCUGUCUUGCAGCAGCAACUUCCUCUCCACACUACAGACGAGGUAGACAUCACCCUUUAAUCACAUAUACAAAACACACAACCAGACCAUGUACACAAAGUGGUUAAGGGUCAUUUGUACCUUGAGUUUCUUCUUAAUGCCCUGUGUCAAAGUAGUAUCUGUAAAAUAAUUCUAAGCCUCGCUUUACCUACUUGGUUUCCUGUUUUGAGGACAAUUCAGAUUUUUCCAUGGUCCCCCACCUCAUUUUAGCACUGUUUUAUUUUAUUUAUUUUUUGUAAAGUAUGUUGUACGUCAGCUGGAUCUGAGUUUUCGGUAGGUCUCUGAUGUCAUCAUGUCUAUAUGAAGCAUGACUAUUCCUCCUUGAGCAGUAUUCCUGAAAAUGAAAACGAUAUUUGGAUGGCAUGUUUGAGUUCUUUAAGCUUGAAAGUUACGUAUAUCUAAUCUAUAAUCACUAAAUAACAGACUGCAUAAGCUAGGGAGAACUUUAUAACAAUAGGUGGAUACUAGGUACCAUUGAGAGCUUAGCAACAAUGCAAGUGAAAGCACAGAGCAACCAAGAGUUGUGUAAAACUCCAUGAAAAGUGUAUGUCUUAACUAAUAUCAGUGAUGUUGUUCGUUGUGUACUUAGAAGUAUUUGUAACCUUUUCAGUUUGUCACGUCAUGAGUGUCGGUGUUGUGGGCCAAACUGUAAUUUAAGAGUGACAAAGGAAAUGGUUGGGCCAUGAAUGCAGCUGGGCCCUUUCAGAGAACCCCCCCUCCCCCACAUAAUUACAUUGUGUCCUUACUCUGUAACGUCCAUGGGGGGAGGAGACUGACUGGGUGAGAUGAGGAGGGAAGAAAGGGAUGCUUUGCCCCAGUAAAGAGGCCUUGAGUGCUAUUGAUCCACUCAGCCAGGCCUGGACUGCAUCACCUGCUAGAGGAGGGUUUGACCGUAAAAUGUGCUGGUGUUGUCAGUGUACAGCAGAGUGGAGGGGGUGUCCUCCAGGACUGCUGCUGCCACAGAUAACAAAAACAGAGCAAACAGAACAAGGGUGAAAGGAGUUAAACAAAAACAGUCAUGUAGUCUGAACACAUUUGGAUUUCCUUUUUAAACCGAAGUAUCCAGUUAAAUAAUGUCAUGUGUAAACAUCAAGUGACUGUGGUGCUGUUUUAAAUGGGAGGAACUGGUAAUAUUACAGGAGGCUAUGAACACUGUAUAUGCUGUAAUUUAUUGAGGUUAUUUUGCUAUUUUUAACAGUUGUACAGUAGCAUUUUAUUAAUUUCUGUCUGACGUGCUGAACAUGCCCCCCCCGUACACACCCCGUGGUACCACCUGUCUUGUGUAGACAACUUGCACCUUUGCCUUUAAACAUUUGUUUUAAUAAAAACAUCAC